CUCGGAGCUCUUAACUAGGAGGGGUUAGGAGCCGGAGAGGCAGGGAUUAGCUGCACAUCUCCGUGUCGUUCGCAUUGCAAUGAAACAUUGGCGAUUUUCUAGGGGUGCUUUUCACAAAGUUAUUUUCUGAUGUGAGGUCAAUCAACAGUCAAUCAGCUGUAAAUAACUGCAGAAAUACCAGAGUGUUGCUGUGCAUUAAGGAGUGUAAAAUAAGAGUACUGUUUCCUAUCCUGCAAGAUGGUGGCCCUGUCCUUGAAAAUAUGUGUUCGCCAGUGUAAUGUGGUGAAGACGAUGCAGUUUGAGCCAUCCACCGCAGUCUAUGAUGCGUGUCGGAUAAUUCGAGAACGUGUUCCAGAGGCUCAGGGUGGGCAAGCAUCAGAUUAUGGAUUAUUUUUAUCAGAUGAUGAUCCUAGGAAAGGAAUCUGGCUGGAAUCUGGAAGAACGUUGGAUUACUACAUGCUGCGAAAUGGGGACAUUUUGGAAUACAAGAAAAAACAGAGACCUCAAAAGAUCAGAAUGCUGGAUGGCACAGUCAAAACGAUCAUGGUGGAUGAUUCAAAAACAGUUGGGGAAUUGCUUGUCACUAUAUGCAGUAGAAUUGGCAUUACAAAUUAUGAAGAAUACUCAUUGAUCCAAGAGAGUGCAGAAGAAAAAAAAGAGGAUGGAAUGGGAACACUCAAAAAGGAUCGAACACUUCUAAGGGAUGAAAGAAAAAUGGAGAAGCUUAAAGCAAAACUUCAUACCGAUGAUGAUUUAAACUGGCUUGAUCACAGUCGGACCUUCCGAGAGCAGGGGGUGGAUGAGAAUGAAACUUUGCUGCUGAGACGGAAGUUCUUCUAUUCUGAUCAGAACGUCGAUUCACGGGAUCCUGUUCAGCUCAACUUGCUUUAUGUGCAGGCUCGAGAUGACAUCCUCAAUGGUUCCCACCCUGUGUCCUUUGAUAAAGCUUGUGAGUUUGCUGGAAUUCAAGCUCAGAUUCAGUUUGGACCCCAUGUCGAGCAUAAACACAAGCCGGGAUUUUUAGAUUUGAAAGAAUUUUUGCCAAAAGAAUACAUAAAGCAGAGGGGAUCAGAAAAGAAGAUUUUUCAGGAACAUAAAAACUGUGGAGAAAUGACAGAAAUAGAAGCAAAAGUCAAGUAUGUGAAGUUGGCUCGGUCAUUGAGGACAUAUGGCGUGUCUUUUUUUUUAGUAAAGGAGAAAAUGAAGGGAAAAAACAAGCUGGUACCCAGGUUACUGGGUAUUACCAAAGAUUCAGUCAUGCGUGUCGAUGAAAAGACCAAAGAUGUGGUUCAAGAAUGGCCACUGACAACUGUAAAGAGAUGGGCAGCAUCUCCUAAGAGUUUCACACUGGACUUUGGGGAAUACCAGGAAAGUUACUACUCAGUGCAGACUACUGAAGGCGAGCAGAUCUCUCAGCUCAUUGCAGGAUAUAUCGAUAUUAUUCUGAAAAAGAAGCAAAGCAAGGACCGAUUUGGUUUGGAAGGCGAUGAAGAGUCUACUAUGUUGGAAGAAUCGGUUUCUCCCAAGAAGUCUACGAUUUUGCAGCAGCAGUUUAAUCGUGUGGGCCAAGUAGAACAUGGAUGUGUGGCAUUACCAGCGGUCAUGCGUUCAGGAUCUGCCGGGCCUGAGACCUUUAACAUAGGCAGUAUGCCCUCCCCACAGCAGCAUAUUAUGACUGGACAGAUGCAUCUUGGACACAUGCCUCCAUUGAGUUCAGCGCAACAGGCACUAAUGGGAACUAUAAACUCAAGUAUGCAAGCAGUCCAGCAAGCCCAGGCUGACCUCAGUGAAGUGGACAACCUCCCUCCCUUAGGACAGGACAUGGCUUCAAGAGUUUGGAUACAGAAUAAAGUUGAUGAGUCAAAACAUGAAAUCCAUUCUCAGGUUGAUGCAAUCACAGCAGGAACUGCUUCUGUCGUCAACCUUACUGCUGGUGAUCCUGCUGAUACCGACUACACUGCAGUGGGCUGUGCAAUUACUACUAUUUCUUCUAAUUUAACGGAAAUGUCCAAAGGGGUAAAACUCCUGGCUGCCUUUAUGGAUGAUGAUGUAGGCAGUGGGCAAGAUUUAAUGAAAGCAGCACGGACUCUGGCUGGCGCUGUCUCUGACCUACUCAAAGCUGUAGAACCAACUUCUGGAGAGCCUCGACAGACUGUGUUGACAGCAGCUGGAAGCAUUGGGCAGGCUAGUGGGGAUCUGCUGAGACAAAUCGGUGAGAAUGAGACUGAUGAACGAUUUCAGGAUAUUCUGAUGAACUUAGCAAAAGCAGUAGCUAAUGCUGCAGCAAUGUUGGUCCUCAAAGCCAAGAAUGUUGCUCAGGUGGCUGAAGACACAGUUUUGCAGAAUCGUGUGAUUGCUGCUGCCACACAGUGUGCCCUCUCAACAUCGCAGCUUGUUGCUUGUGCUAAGGUGGUCAGUCCCACCAUAAGUUCACCUGUGUGCCAGGAGCAGUUGAUUGAAGCUGGGAAACUAGUGGACCGCUCAGUGGAGGGCUGUGUGAAAGCCUGCCAGUCUGCCACAGAUGAUGGAGAGCUGCUGAAGCAGGUGAGCGCUGCUGCCAGUGUCGUCAGCCAGGCUCUCAGUGACUUACUACAGCACGUGCGGCAUUAUGCCAGCCGAGGGGAACCUAUUGGAAGAUACGAUCAAGCCACUGACACCAUUAUGACAGUGACGGAAAGCAUCUUUAGCUCCAUGGGAGAUGCCGGUGAAAUGGUACGUCAGGCAAGGGUGCUGGCUCAAGCUACCUCCGAUUUAGUGAAUGCUAUGAGGUCCGACGCAGAAGCAGAAAUUGACGUGGACAACUCUAAAAAGCUGCUGGCUGCUGCUAAGCUACUAGCUGAUGCCACAGCCCGCAUGGUGGAAGCUGCAAAGGGAGCUGCAGCCAAUCCAGAAAAUGAAGACCAACAGCAGAGACUGAGAGAGGCAGCAGAAGGACUAAGAGUUGCCACCAAUGCUGCUGCCCAGAAUGCAAUUAAGAAAAAACUUGUCAACAGACUUGAAAAUGCCGCUAAGCAGGCAGCAGCUGCUGCAACUCAGACCAUUGCAGCAUCCCAGAAUGCAGCAUCUUCUAACAAGAACACAUCUGCUCACCAGCAGCUUGUCCAGAGUUGUAAGGCUGUUGCUGAUCACAUUCCUCAGUUGGUUCAAGGUGUACGAGGGAGUCAAGCACACCCAGAAGAUCUGAGUGCCCAGCUUGCGCUCAUUAUUGCCAGUCAGAACUUCUUACAGCCUGGAAGUAAAAUGGUGACAUCAUCCAAGUCUGCUGUACCAACAGUAUCUGACCAGGCUGCUGCCAUGCAACUUGGUCAGUGUGCCAAAAACUUGGCAACCAGCCUGGUUGAACUCAGAGCGGCAGCACAGAAGGCCCACGAAGCUUGUGGUCCAAUGGAAAUUGACUCGGCACUCAACACAGUACAGACACUAAAGAAUGAACUCUAUGAUGCCAAGAUGACAGCAGCAAAUGGGCAGCUGAAGCCUCUCCCUGGGGAAACGCUUGAAAAGUGUGCUCAAGACCUGGGAAGUACUUCUAAAGCCGUGGGAUCCUCUAUGGCUCAGCUACUGACUUGUGCUGCACAGGGCAAUGAGCAUUACACUGGUGUGGCUGCCAGAGAAACAGCCCAGGCAUUAAAGACUCUGGCCCAGGCAGCACGAGGAGUAGCUGCUUCAACUACGGACCCUCAGUCUUCUGCUGCAAUGUUAGACUCUGCCCGUGAUGUCAUGGAAGGCUCUGCAGCUCUCAUUCAUGAAGCCAAGCAGGCUUUGGUGUUGCCAGGAGAUGCAGAAAGUCAACAGAGAUUAGCCCAGGUGGCUAAAGCAGUGUCCCACUCUCUGAACAACUGCGUUAACUGCCUCCCUGGGCAAAAGGAUGUUGAUAUGGCCUUAAAAAGCAUCGGGGAAUCCAGCAAGAAACUCCUGGUGGACUCGCUACCUCCGAGCACCAAGUCAUUUCAAGAGGCCCAGAGUGAGCUGAAUCAGGCUGCUGCUGACCUCAACCAGUCUGCUGGAGAAGUGGUCCAUGCCUCCCGAGGCACCAGCAGUGAACUGGCAGUGGCUUCUGGGAAGUUUAGUGAAGAUUUUGAUGAAUUCCUUGAUGCUGGAAUUGAAAUGGCUGGUCAAACGCAGCGCAAAGAAGACCAAAUUCAGGUCAUUGGAAAUCUCAAAAACAUUUCUAUGGCUUCUAGUAAGUUGCUCCUGGCAGCAAAGUCUCUUUCAGUAGAUCCUGGUGCUCCAAAUGCCAAAAACCUUUUGGCAGCAGCGGCAAGGUCGGUGACAGAAAGCAUAAAUCAGCUCAUCACUCUUUGUACACAGCAAGCUCCUGGACAGAAGGAGUGUGACAAUGCCUUGCGUGAGCUGGAGACUGUCAAAGGCAUGCUAGAUAAUCCCAGUGAGCCAAUCAGUGAUCUUUCCUAUUUUGACUGCAUUGAAAGCGUGAUGGAGAAUUCAAAGGUGCUUGGAGAAUCUAUGGCAGGCAUUUCUCAGCACUGUAAAACAGGUGACCUGACUGCGUUUGGCGAAUGUGUCAGUGUGGCUUCUAAGGCACUCUGUGGACUCACUGAAGCUGCAGGCCAGGCAUCAUAUUUGGUUGGUGUGUCUGACCCAAAUAGUCAAGCCGGUCAUCAGGGUCUGGUGGAUCCAAUCCAGUUUGCUCGAGCUAAUCAAGCCAUUCAAAUGGCUUGCCAGAACCUUGUGGACCCAGCAAGCAGCCCAUCCCAGGUGUUGUCUGCUGCUACUAUUGUUGCCAAGCAUACGUCUGCUUUGUGUAAUGCCUGCCGUAUUGCGUCCUCCAAAACUGCCAAUCCUGUUGCAAAGAGACAUUUUGUGCAGUCUGCCAAAGAGGUUGCAAACAGCACAGCAAACUUGGUCAAGACCAUAAAGGCCUUGGAUGGGGAUUUCUCUGACGACAACCGUGACAGAUGUCGUGUAGCUACAGCUCCGUUAAUUGAGGCAGUGGAAAAUCUGACCGCCUUUGCCUCCAACCCUGAAUUUGUCAGCAUACCUGCUCAGAUAAGUGUAGAGGGUUCUGCGGCCCAGGAGCCAAUCCUUAGUUCAGCUAGAGCCAUGCUGGACAGCUCUGCUUCCCUAAUUAAAACAGCGCGCUCUCUGGUCAUAAACCCUAAGGACCCCCCUACUUGGUCUAUACUAGCUGGUCAUUCCAGGACUGUUUCAGAUUCUAUUAAGAGUCUGAUCACAUCCAUUAGGGACAAGGCUCCAGGCCAGAGAGAAUGUGACUACUCCAUUGACAACAUUAAUAAGUGUAUCCGAGAUAUUGAGCAAGCAUCCCUUGCAGCUGUUAGUCAGAACCUCCCUAAGAGAGAAGAAAUCUCAUUAGAGGCUUUACAGGAUCAGCUGACAUCAACAGUACAAGAGAUUGGCCAUCUUAUUGAUCCAAUAUCUACGGCUGCUCGAGGGGAGGCUGCACAGUUAGGACAUAAGGUUACUCAACUUGCUAGCUACUUUGAGCCACUUAUUCUUGCCUCUGUUGGAGUCGCAUCCAAACUCCUAGAUCACCAGCAGCAAAUGACUGUCUUAGAUCAGACCAAAACUCUGGCGGAAUCUGCCCUGCAGAUGCUGUAUGCUGCCAAAGAAGGAGGUGGUAACCCAAAGGCAGCCCAUACCCAUGAUGCAAUUGCAGAGGCUGCACAGCUAAUGAAGGAAGCUGUCGAUGACAUCAUGGUCACAAUGAAUGAAGCAGCCAGUGAAGUAGGAAUGGUUGGAGGUAUGGUGGACUCCAUUGCUGAGGCCAUGGGAAGACUGGAUGAGGGAACACCUCCAGAGCCAGAAGGAUCAUUUGUCGAUUACCAGACCACUAUGGUGAAGUACUCCAAAGCCAUCGCAGUUACAGCUCAGGAAAUGAUGACUAAAUCUGUAACCAGCCCAGAGGAACUGGGAGGUCUGGCAUCUCAAGUCACCACAGACUAUGGGCACCUGGCACAACAAGGCAGAUUGGCAGCAGCUACAGCAGAGCCUGAAGAGAUUGGAUUCCAAAUAAAGAUGAGAGUUCAGGAAUUGGGUCAUGGGUGUAUCUUCCUGGUCCAGAAAGCAGGUGCCCUCCAGAUUACUCCAACAGACAGUUUCACCAAACGUGAGCUCAUUGAAUGUGCCCGUGCUGUUACUGAAAAGGUCUCCGUGGUUCUCUCUGCACUUCAGGCAGGCAAUAAAGGAACUCAGGCCUGUAUCACUGCAGCCAGCGCCGUCUCAGGGAUUAUUGCUGACUUGGAUACUACAAUAAUGUUUGCCUCUGCAGGCACUUUAAAUGCUGAAAAUGAGGAGUCCUUCGCUGACCACAGAGAAAAUAUUUUGAAGACUGCCAAGGCCUUAGUUGAAGACACAAAAAUGUUAGUGUCGGGUGCAGCCUCCAGUCAGGAAAAGCUGGCCCAGGCUGCACAGUCAUCUGCCAAAACUAUCACCCAAUUGACAGAUGUUGUGAAGCUAGGAGCUGCCAGCAUUGGCUCGGAUGACCCUGAAACACAGGUUGUAUUAAUCAAUGCCGUUAAAGAUGUAGCCAAGGCUCUGGCAGAAUUGAUUGGGGCAACAAAAUGUGCGGCUGGAAAACCAGCAGAUGAUCCAUCAAUGUACCAACUCAAGAGUGCUGCAAAGGUAAUGGUGACCAAUGUAACAUCUUUAUUAAAGACAGUUAAGGCUGUGGAGGAUGAAGCAACUCGAGGAACAAGAGCACUUGAAGCCACAAUUGAAUGCAUCAAGCAAGAGGUGACGGUCUUUCAGUCAAAAGAGGUGCCAGAAAAAAAUUCAACACCUGAAGAAUUUAUACGCAUGACAAAAGGAAUCACUACUGCAACUGCCAAGGCGGUGGCAGCCGGCAACUCAGCAAGACAGGAGGAUGUGAUAGCAACAGCCAACUUGAGCCGCAAGGCAAUUGCUGAUAUGCUACUGACCUGUAAGCAAGCAGCUUACCACCAGGAGGUGAGUGAAGAUGUGAGAACACGGGCCCUGCGUUUUGGUGCUGAAUGCACCAUGUGCUAUAUUGACCUGUUGGAGCACGUUCUGUUGGUUCUUCAAAAACCAACCCCAGAAUUGAAACAGCAGCUUGCUGGAUUCUCUAAGCGAGUAGCAGGGGCCGUGACUGAACUAAUCCAAUGUGCUGAAGCCAUGAAAGAUGGAGGUAACGAGUGGGUUGAUCCUGAGGAUCCAACAGUCAUUGCAGAAACUGAGCUUUUGGGGGCAGCAGCAUCCAUUGAAGCUGCUGCCAAGAAGUUAGAACAGCUGAAACCUCGGGCCAAACCAAAGCAAGCAGAUGAAAACUUGGACUUUGAGGAGCAAAUUUUGGAGGCAGCCAAGUCCAUUGCUGCAGCGACAAGUGCUCUGGUUAAAUCUGCAUCCGCGGCACAGAGGGAGCUGGUGGCACAGGGCAAGGUGGGAUCCAUCCCUGCUAAUGCUGUAGAUGAUGGCCAGUGGUCUCAAGGACUCAUUUCUGCUGCUCGCAUGGUGGCAGCGGCUACUAGUAACCUUUGUGAAGCUGCCAAUGCAUCUGUUCAAGGUCAUGCCAGUGAGGAAAAAUUAAUUUCUUCAGCCAAGCAAGUAGCUGCAUCCACAGCACAACUCCUGGUAGCCUGUAAAGUGAAGGCAGAUCAGGACUCUGAAGCAAUGAGAAGAUUGCAGGCUGCUGGAAAUGCUGUCAAGCGAGCGUCCGACAGCUUGGUGAGAGCAGCACAGAAGGCAGCGUUUGACAAGACGGAUGAUGACAGCGUUGUGGUGAAAACGAAAUUUGUUGGCGGCAUUGCUCAGAUAAUCGCAGCACAGGAGGAAAUGCUUCGAAAAGAACGGGAACUGGAGGAGGCAAGGAAGAAGCUGGCUCAGAUCAGGCAGCAGCAGUACAAGUUCUUGCCGACAGAGCUGAGGGAAGAUGAGAAUUGAAAGGCUUUAAAGAUGUACUACUGUUUUUUUUGUUUUGUUUGUUUUUUUUAAUCAAAUCCAGGAUGAUUUUUGAGUGUUACAGUUAAGAACAUUAUUUCACUUUAUUCUAGUGAGGAAAGCAAAUGUCAUACACACAUCCAAAGCAUCAAACUGAUAUUCACAUGAAGGUGCUUACAGUAGAAGCCAAUCUCUGUUCUUAUGAAAGUGCUGGGACUCAUUGAGGAGCAGACAGGAUUCGUUCACUAAACGCUUAACUCCUUGGUUGGACGUGUCACCAAAGACCAACAGAGUGUAAAAGCCUUUAUAGCAGUAGUGUGAGUAUACAAGUAGUAAGUGUACACUUGCCUGUCAGUAUCAGUUACGCUCUGUGUGCAGCUAUCGUUAGCCAGCAAGUAUUCAAAACUUGUCAAUAUUGUGCCAUAAACUUAAAGAGGCUGUCAUUUGUAGUCGAGAGUCAUGGAGCCUGUGUUUGGAGGAGUUUGUGGGGUUUUUUUGGUGCAGUGUUCCUUGUUACAGUUAAUAAUGUAAAUAGUAACUUAAAUCUGUUGGUGAGGUUUACGUUAAGUACAGCUGAACAUCUUCUUCAUGAGCAGAUGUAGUGGAAAUGUGAGAACAGAAGACUAUGUGAUUCAAGAUUCUGUAUGUGAAAACUUGUACUCAGUACUGCAUUAAGGAGCUUAAAAAUUGCUUCUUCAAAUCAUCGUGAUCUUAAUUGAAUGUACACCGUGAGUCCGAGUACUCGUGCAUUCUCAUAACUGUCUCUUACUGUUGUUUAACUCCUUUCUUUUAAUUCAUAUUUUCCCAUUAAAAUGUAAAUAAUUUUCCAAAGACAUUUGCCGAUGUAAAAAAAAA